CGUUGAUGGGCGUGGUCAACUAAUGGAGAACUUGGAUUUGACUUUUCUCUCUCUUUCCGUGUCCCUGGCUCCUCCAUUUGUUUAUUAAUAGACAUACAGACUUACCUUGGGAGAUAUUUUGACUACUGAAAGAGGUCCUCUACCACAUGUGGUUAUUAGUUGUAGUAACCACUACUGCCUUCUUCUCAUGGUCUCCACACCUCAUGUUACCGUCUGAUUAUACCUGAGGACUAGUAAAUAAAGAUUUAUAUAUUACACUAGUAAAUAAAGGUCUACAUUAUUACGCUAGUAAAUAAAGCUCUAUAUAUGGCUGAUGUAAUUAACAGUGCGUAUGAUCCAUUACUCCAGUCCUAUCACACCUCAAGCCUCACAGUUGAUGGAUAUGGUAUGAGUAACUUGUUCUCCAUGGAGAGGGCCCAUAGAUCCAAGGGCAUGCUGCUGGAGAGGUUUAUAAGGUCUCCUGUAAUGCUUUCCGCUCAAUUUAAGUUUCCCUUGCAAUUACUGUAUAUCCUGAUAGAAUUAAGAUUAGAUAUUAAUGACAUUAUAAAACUAACUGUUGGUACUUCAAAAGAAGUCCGGGCCAUUAAGAAUUCAUUCAGUGUAAGGCGAGAUGAAGGAGACAUUAAUUCAAUUAUAAUGUUGGUUUUCAGUGACCCAACUAAGCUUGAUAGUGUCUGCUUACCUGAGGCGGUUCCUGGCAGUGAACUAUGCACCAAAUAUACCAACAGCCAAAGACUAACAGUAAAUAAUGUAUCACAAUCCUCUCCUCCUCUACCAAUAUCUACACCUAUCCAUGUUGGUAGAGGAGUCAUCACUAGUGACAUUAAUAUUAAUAUAUUGCACUGGACUGGUCAUAAACCAUUAUUGAUAAAGUCACUUGAACUAUGGACACAACUACCAAUGAAUGACCGGAGACAUGGUGACAGCACUAUUGGACCUUGUAAAUUAUUUGAAGAUUUUAAGCAAUUACUGAUAAAUAGAGAGACAGCAGGAUGUGAUAGAUGCAGGCCGGCAGUCCCCUUAGUUUAUAACAGUAACAUCAGGGAGGAGAGGGGGAAGAGAAAGAGGGAGAGAGAGAAAGAGGAGAUACCAAUUAAUAAAGAACUCAAACUAGCCGAUCCUCCAUUACAAUACAUGGACUCCAUCACACAUAAUCUAAUGACUCUACCUGUUCUGCUACCAUCAGGGUAUUAUGUGGAUCAAUCUACUGUGGAUAAAUCAAUAGAGCUGGACACUAUGAAUGGACGUCCUCCAACUGACCCAUUCACCGGCAUACCCUACACCAGUAGACCAGCGUUCUGUCCGUUAUUAAAGACUAGUAUUGAUGAAUAUGUGUCUUCAAUAGAGGGACAAGUAGAGAGGACUGUAGGUACUGCUGAGGAUAUCCUUAAGCAUAAACAAAUGCUGAACAAUAGAGCAAGCAGUAAUGAUGAGAGUGUUGAUAAACCUAUUGAGCGAAGGAGAACAUUGUCCAGUAAGAAACCAGCUUCAUCGGAAAGAGCUGUUAUGCAAGAUGAUGCUCAUUCUUCCAUUGGAAAGGUUAAUGAAGUUGAUAUAACUCAUGAGAGACUUGUCACUGAUAGUUUAGACCUAGCUCUUUCCUCUCUGUUCCCUCCCUCUCUCCCUUCUCCCCCCUCCUCUUCUAAUGCCCCUGAGCUUUGAUCCCAUACUAUUAUUAUCAUUAUAAACUAAA